AUGACGUGGAACGCGAAGGGAAAGGAACUGCUUCGAGAGCUCCAGCGCAGCGAUUGGUUACCGCCAUAUAAUGAAGAUUUGGUGCGGCAGGUCGUGGAGGAGUCACGAUUGCUGCAUGAAGAGAUAGCCAGGAAAAUGAACAUAUUUCAAGAUAAUUUAGAAGCACAACCGCCAUCCGUGCACUGUGGACUUGUAGUGAACCACCAGUGUCUAUUGCGCAACAAGCGCUGUCUCAUGGCUUAUAUAUACCACCGAAUGGAGAAGAUCAAGGCGCUGAGAUGGGAAACGGGUACUAUUAUCCCUGAUUCACUGGCUCAGAAUUUAUGUCAGCGUGAGGUGCAGUUUUUCAACCAAUAUGACCAGCUGCUAAUGGACUACAUGACCGAAUUUGAGCUCGACCUAUCGACUGGUCUAAAACCACCAAAGGAUUUGUACGUGGAGGUGCGGGUGUUGUGUGAUUGUGGCGAGGUCAUGACUGAGAAUGGAAUAGUAAAUCUAGAGGCACAUUCGCAACACUUUUUACGACGUGUAGACGUGGAGCAGUUUAUUCGUCAGGGUUUGCUUAAGCAGAUUGAGCGCUGA